UACAGAUGGUGCUGCAGGGGGUCCAUUGCUGAUGCCAGGUGAUCCUCAGGGAGAUACAGCUGUGCUCUGGCUCAGAGACGGGCCAUGACUGCCCAGGUGGCUCCCCCAGCCGCUCUCAGGCUCCAGUUCCAGCCCCCACCGGGAUGUGGCCUGGUUCCCAAAGAGGAAGUGGAGGAGCUGGAUGCCCACGGACCCAUCGACAUGGAGAUGCAUCGUCUGCGCUUCAGGGGUUUCCGCUACCAGGAGGCUGAGGGGCCCCGGGAAGCGUACGACCACCUCUGCCUCCUCUUCCGGGCGUGGCUGAGGCCGGAGCAGCGCUCCAAGGAGCAGAUGCUGGAGCUGCUGGUGCUGGAGCAGUUCCUGAGCAUUCUGCCCCAGGAGAUCCAGAGCUGGGUAGGGGGGUGUCACCCCCAGACCGGGGAGCAGGCCGUGGCUCUGGCAGAGGGUUUCCAGUUAGCCAAGGAAGAGCCCGGAAUAUGGCCACAGCAGGAGGAGCCGGGGACGUGGGAGAAGGAGGCUGCGUGUUCCUCCGUGGCAGAGCGGGCAGCGCUGGCCCCAGAACAUGGCAAGAUCUGCAGGGAGAUUAAGGAGGAGGAGGAAGAGACUCUGAUCUCGCCAGCAGGUGCCAGCACAGAGGAGGGGAAUCCCCAGCAGGAGGGGUCUGUGGAAGCAAAGACACAUGGGACGUCCCGGAGCGCCAAGCAGGGAGAUGCUGGUGGGGCGGGACAGCAGCAGGGAGACCCCCUGGGUAAUGGACUGAACUCAUCUGCUGAGCAUGAAAUGAGUUUCUCUGGGCUCGAGGGGAGUCUCGAUUGGUCUGACUGCAGGGGCGAGAACCAGGGCGGGGCGUGCCGGCCACAGGGGGACCCCCCAGCUAAGACCCCCAAGGCCAGGCGCCCCAACGCCUGCGCCGUGUGCGGCAAGACCUUCAGCAACAGCUCCAACCUGAAGAAGCACCAGACCACCCACACCGGGGAGAAGCCCCACGGAUGCCCCCAGUGCGGCAAGCGCUUCAGCCACAGCUCCAACCUGCGAAAGCACGAGCGCACCCACACUGGCGAGCGCCCCUUCCGCUGCCCCGAGUGCGGCAAGAGCUUCCGCGAGAGCUCCAAGCUGCUCCGCCACCAGAACACCCACGGCCGCGAGCGCCCCUUCCGCUGUGCCGAGUGCGGCAAGGCCUUCGGCGACGUGGCCCGGUGUCUGCGGCAUCAGGCCCGGCACACGGCGCGGGCCUACGCCUGCGGGGAGUGUGGCAAGAGCUUCCGCCAGAGCUCCACCCUGCUGCUGCACCAGCGCGUCCACACCGGAGAGAAGCCCUUCACCUGCCCCGACUGCGGCAAGAGCUUCAGCGUCAACGCCAACCUGGCGCAGCACCGGCGCACCCACACCGGCGAGCGCCCCUUCCCCUGCGCCCAGUGUGGGAAGCGCUUCACCCAGAAAGCCACCCUGCAAGUUCACGAACGCACCCACACGGGGGAGCGACCCUAUCAGUGCCCCGACUGCGGGAAGGGCUUCACCAACAGCUCCAACCUCCUGCGCCACCAGCGCAUCCACAGCGGCGCCAAGCCGUACCCCUGCGCUGAGUGUGGGAAGAGCUUCCGCCACAAGGAGCACCUGACCCGCCACGGCCGUGUCCACGCCACGGAGAAGCCCCAUGUCUGCGCCCACUGCGGGGAGGCCUAUAGCACCCGCACCAACCUGCUGCGGCACCAGAGCAGCCACACGGGGGAGCUGCCCUACAAGUGCCCCGAGUGCGGCCGGCGCUUCGGGGAGGCGGCGGCGCUGGCGGGCCACGCGGUGAUCCACAGCGGGAAGCCCCACAUCUGCCCCGAGUGCGGGAAGGGCUUCCGGCGUGGCUCGUCGCUGCGGGAGCACCAGCGGGUCCACACCGGGGAGCGGCCCUACGGCUGCCCGCAGUGCGGGAAGGGCUUCAGCCAGCGCUCCUCCCUGGUGCUGCACCGGCGCACCCACACCGGCGAGCGCCCCUAUGUCUGCGGCGACUGCGGGCGCAGCUUCAGCGUGAGCUCUGCCCUCAUCACCCACCAGCGGCUGCACACCGGGGAGCGCCCUUUCCCGUGCCCGGAGUGCCAGAAGCGCUUCAGCGACCGCAAGGCCCUCAAGCGGCACCAGCGGGUCCACACCGGGGAGCGGCCCUACCGCUGCACCGACUGUGGCAAAGGCUUCAGCCAGAGCUCAGCGCUGGCUACCCACCAGCGCAUCCACACCGGGGAGACCCCGUACGGCUGCGGGGCCUGUGGCAAGCGCUUCGGAGACCUCUCGGCCCUCAAGCGGCAUGAGCGCAUCCAUACCGGGGAGCGGCCCUACCGCUGCGGCCAAUGUGGGAAAGCAUUCAAGCACAGCUCGGCCCUGGCCCAGCACGGCCGUACCCACACCGGAGAGAAACCCUACGUCUGCUCCCAGUGCGGCAAAGCCUUCUCCCAGGGCUCCACCCUCAUCCAGCACCAGCGGGUGCACACCGGCGAGCGCCCCUACCCUUGCCCCCAGUGCGGGCGAAGCUUCUCCCAGGGCUCUGCCCUCACCCAGCACCAGCGCACCCACACCAAGGAGAGCGACCCGCUGACGGGACCCGGUGGGGCCCGGAUCUACCGGGACCCUUUCGUCCAGCUGCGGGAUGAGGAUGACGAGGAGGAUGGGGUGGGGGAGGUUCUGGUGCUGCCUCCAGGGACGUGGGACGCGGAGCUGGACGUGCAGAUCAAAGAGGAGCCGGAGUGAUGGAGGCGGGUGGGAGCAGGGUGUUGUCGCCCGCCAUCUACUGAUUCAGCGUGGCUGGAUUUGGGUGUCACGGGGAGUAGUUGUCUCUGCACCAGGAAUCCCCUCUGCACUGGAGCUGGGGGCUAAGUGCCCGGGAUGGGGGCGUCUCCCCCUUCACCAUCCUCCACUCAGCAGGGAUUAUUAACCCCCGUAGGCCCAACCCGUUCCAGGAGGACCUGUCCCCUCACUACGUGGAUCUCGCCCUCUCUGUGCCCUGGUCUCUGCUCCUUCCCAUCUCCCGGGGCUGGCGAGGAGUCGGGGGGCUGGGAGCUUUAGGGGCUGCUCCCCACAAGGCCAGAGAGAUGGAUGUUCCCAGGUGAAGGGCAGCCCCUCUCCUUUCCGGUGCCAUUAGCCCCCCCCUGAGCUAGUCCCCAAGGGCUGAUGUGUAUGUUCCCAAGACUCCCAGGCCUGUCUGUCGUGAUGGGCACAAGGACGUUUUUUAUCCAUUGUCUGUUUCUACUUCUGUCUGAAAAUAAUAAACCCACAAUACCUCCCUCA